AUGACCCUUGACUUGAUGAUAAAUACUGCGAGCGGAUUCACAGUUGAGUAUGCGGUGGCGGAGCCAUUCUUCAAUGCCUCGGGUGGAGCUGUUUGCGUUCCAGAGUCAAAUCCUCUCUUUGAACCCAAAGCAUGGACCAUCACGAAUGAGGAUUACAAGGACAAACAACUGCUCGUCUUCAGCCUGCUUCGACAGUAUGCUGCUUAUACGUACAAAGUAAACGACUUGGCAGAGCCUCCAAACGGACCGCAUUGUGAGCUCUUCGUCCGCUUUGUGAGUUUUAAUUUUUGUAUAACCUUCAUAAUAUAUUUUUUGUAACCUUUUCCAGAGUACAUCCGACUACAGCCUUCUCUUUGUCGACAACUCUCCGACAACGACGCAGC